AUGUCGAGGCGAGAGUACGACGAUUACGGCCGGGACAGCAAGGCUGUCGAGUAUAUCCCCGCCCGUCCACGUUCCAGGGCGGGCUCGAGCUACGCGCCUCCUGGAGGAUAUCCAGACUCUCCAAACGAUUCCUAUCCGAGGACGUACAACGGCCCCGUAUCUAUGCCAGCUGCGCCUGCGCCCCCAGAUGAUGCGUAUGGUGGCAAAUCUUCAACUACUAUAGUAUCUGGUCGACGACCACCAUCCCCAGGAGUCCGGUUCGCGGAUGAACAUCGAGAUGCUUCCCGUGAUAACCCGGCUCGAAGGUCCGCUGGUGGUACAGAUUGGAAGCGAGUUUAUGAACGGGAACUGCAAGAGCAGCGAGAAUUGGAGAAGAGACGGGAAUCCGCAGGGUCCCGUGGUGCGGUCGCUUCACCGGAUCGUGGCCCUACUGCCCGAGGCUUGGACGUUAAUUUGAACACCGAUAGGAUCAAAGGAAGUCUUUCCCUCUCUAGCAAGAGCGAAAAGAAGAAGGAGAAGAGAGAUAAUGAUCUUGCUUGGUCGAGUGAAGAUUCUGAAGACGAGAAACAAAGGAAAAAAAUCAGAGAUAGGAGAAAGGAAGAUAAAGACCGCGAACGGGACCUUAGGGAAAGGGAAAAGAGAGAAGAAGAGCUGGAAAGAAUUAAGAAAGAGAGGGACAGGAUUGAAAAAGAAAAGGCAGCUGCAGCUGAACGCCGCCGAAGCUCCCAUUACGCUGACGGAUAUGGCGAUCCAAGACGCUCCUCUGGACAAUUGCAAGACCCUCGAAGGUCCUCUGGUGCUUUACAGCUAGUCAACGAUCGUGAAAGGGAAAUCGCAAUCGAGAGAGAGCGUGAGAGAAUCCGUGAGAGAGAAAGAAUUGAGCGACUUGAGAGGGAGAGGAUAGAUCGCGAAAGAGCGGAAAGGGACAGAAUGGAGCGCGAGAAGGCAGAGCGCCGUAGAAGCAGCCACUACGAAGAUGCCUAUCAUGGAGAUCCAAGGCGCUCCGCUGGCCAACUUCAUGAUCCUCGCAGGUCGGCUGGCAGCUUGGCAAUGCCGGCUGGUGCUGGCCCGGCAAGGUCUGCCUAUGGUGAUGACCCACGAAAGUCCGCUGGUCAUAUUGUUCGAUAUGAGCAUCGUGAUACCCGGGAAGACUAUCGUCGCGAGUCCCCGCCUUCCGGUGAGAUUGCUGGCGUCAGAUAUGUUCAGCGUCCGCUUUCACCUGUUAGCUCUGGGCGACCUUCAUCUCGUCCCCCUCAGACCCAUUAUCUUGUUACGGAACAACCUAAUAGUCGCCAAAGAGCAAGUUCGGUCGGCCACCGACAUGCAUCCGUUCCGUCAAUUGAUACAGGAAUGUCGAGAAUGACCGUUCAUGAUCGCGACUACCACGACCACUACGAGCACGAACGAUAUGAUGAUUAUCCGCCAGAUGCAUACCGUCCCUCUUAUUAUCCCCUCUCCCCAAUGCCUUCCCCGGGACUACCACCAAGAGAUCGAGGAUUUAGCGUUGACGUUGGCGGUAGUUUCGCCUUGGGAGGUUCUCAUGGUGGCGCUAGUGCUGGAUAUACACUCUCGGCUGGAUCCGGUCGUCAUCACCGCAGUCACUCGCACGGGCAUGCUGACUAUGUCCGCCCUGAGGAGAAGCUUCGUCCCCAAGAACCCGACUAUGACCCGAAUGAUCAUGCCCAGAUCUUGUAUAAGGCUUUGAAGGGUAAAGUUGCAGAUGUCGGUGCCAUCCUUAAGGUCAUCCCUUUCUUGUCUGGAGACCAAAUGGUGGACCUAAGAGCAGAGUAUAAGAAAGUUCACCCACUCGGCAAUGUCAACCUCGCCAAACAUCUCAAGGCCCAGCUCAGUGGCAAGGUCCAACUAGCUGCCUACGUGACGGCGUUAGGUCCAUAUGAAUCCGAAUCAUACUGGUCCAUACUCGCAAACCAGAAACCAAACUUCAGACACGCCCUUCUCAUCGAGUCUAUCAUGGGCCGCGAGGUUGAUGAUAUUAUCGAUAUUAAACAAUCUUACCGAGACUCAAAGAACGAUCACAAUUUUGAAAAGGCCAUCAAGAAAGAACUAGCAGCAGACAAAGCCACUGGCGAGAAAUUCAAGGACCUUGUUCUUCUUCAACUCGAUACCACCACCCGUGGUUUACACAUGAAUGAAUGGGACAAAGUCUACCUCGACAAAGUCAGAGAUGACGCGGAAGAUCUUCACGACGCUCUUGCAAAGGACAAGGUUGACAGCUUCUUUGUUGGGAAGAUUGUGAUCACGAGGAGCACAACCCAUUUGAGAGAGCUAUUGAGGAUGUAUAAGAAACUGUUCGAUGGUCAAGAUCUUGCGAGGUUAAUUGCUGAGAAACUGAACGGUUUGAUUGGAGAGGCUCUGCUCCAUGUUCUUAAUGGAGUUCUCAACAAGCCGGCUCGUGAUGCUCGUCUUUUGGAAGAAUCUAUGAAGGGUGUUGGUACCCGUGACGACCUUCUUGUUGCUAGACUUGUUCGUAUCCACUGGGAUCCAGAGCAUUUGACAGCUGUCAAGGAGGCGUACAAGUCCAAAUACGGCAUGUCUCUCAAAGAAAGAAUCAAGGGCGAAUGUUCUGGAUCAUACCAAGAAUUCCUGCUCAAUCUUAUUUCUGUUGAUACCCAUACAACCGCCGUUGUUAAAGCGUAA